AUGCCGCUCGAAGCUACCCUGUUGAUCAUUGAUAAUUCCGAGUACAUGCGCAAUGGCGACUACACUCCCUCCCGUCUCGAUGCACAGGCCGACGCCGUCAACACCAUCUUCCAGGCCAAGAUCGACUCCAACCCCGAGAACACGGCCGGCGUCCUGACCAUGGCGGGCAAGGGCCCAGAGGUGCUCGUCACCCACUCCAAGGACCUCGGCCAGAUCCUGCAAGCACUACACGCGACCCAGGACAAGAUCGCCGGCGUCGCAGACAUUCCCACCGCGAUCAACGUCGCGACCCUCGCCCUCAAGCACCGGCAAAAUAAGAACCUGCGGCAGCGCAUCAUCCUUUUUCUCGGCUCCCCGCUUGAGGGGCAGGGCGCGGACGAAAAGGCCAUGGUCCGCCUGGCCAAGAAGCUCAAGAAGAACAACGUCGCCGUAGACGUUAUUACAUUCGGCGAUGGCAUCGAGGAAGGCGAGCGGAGUAUCCUGAGGACAUUCGUCAAGGAGACGUCGAGCAAUGAUAACUCACACUAUCUAGCAGUACCACCAGGCCCACAUCUACUGUCGGACGUGGUCCUCUCCUCAUCAAUACUGGCGGGAGACCGUGGUAUCCCAGAAGAGGCCAUGGGCGAAGCGGCCUCCGGUUCCGCCGCAGGUGCUGCGAACGACUUUGCGUUCGGUGUCGACCCAAGCUUGGAUCCCGAGCUGGCACUGGCACUGCGCAUGUCCAUGGAGGAGGAGCAGGCCCGCCAAGCCGCAGUCGCACAAGCGCAGACGUCCGCCACACCAGCCGCCGCACCUGCAGCGACAGUGCCCGCCGAGUCGCCGGACGAUGAGGAGGAGGCGAUGUUGAAGCAGGCGCUGGCGAUGUCGGAGGGGCACGACGUGGAGAUGUCGGAGCACGGGGGCAACGAAGACGAGUUGUCGGAGGAGGAGCAGAUUGCGCGGGCGAUCGAGAUGAGCAUGAAGCAGGAGCAAGAGCAAGAGAAGAAGUAG